CGGUGCAGUUCUUACGCCCUCUUCGCCUAAACCCAGCCAGCACCUUGCCAGCUACCCUCCUCGCCCACCAUGGCGAAGAAGUCGGUCAACCAGGAGCCGGCCCCCUCAACCACCGCCGUCAGUGCUGAAGGAUUCGAGUUCGUCGAGACCCCAGCUGCCUCGUGCGUGAGCCCGAAUGCUGAGCCCUGCGGCGUCCGGACGACUGAGGUACGUCGUUUGUUUACUGCUCUGACCAGCUUUUGUGGUUUUCUGUUGGGCAUCCCCCCAUAUACGUGGGCUCAAGAAACUCUCAACCAAGAUUAUUUUUUUUUACAAGAUCGUCAAUGCUGAUACAGACAAUUUACUAUAGUAUCCUGCGAUCAAAAAUGCUCCUCUGCCAGCUGACGCUGCUGGUUCGGACUCAUUCUCCAAUACUCUUCUCAUCUCCCUGCUGGUGCUGGUACCUGCAUACCUUGCCCGCCAGGUCUCCGGUGGACUAUGGACAACCCUGUUCCUUGCUAUUUUCACCACCAUCCCGAUCCUGAUGGCCUACUGGACCGUUGCGUCAACCAUCUCCCCUCGAAAGAACGAAAAGGCCAAAUAUCCCGGUCGUCCUGUCGAGCAUUACCUUAACUUCCUGAGCGAGCAUGACCGUGCAAAGUACCACGGCAAGUCCAAGAUUCCCAUGGAGACCUUCCAUGAGAUGUACUUUGACGGACAGGUGGACUUCAAGGGUGAUGCGCUGGAGAUGCUUGAGUACAGACAUGACUGGGCCCAGUUCAAGUUCACCUGGAGCUUGUACAAAUAUUUUUUGACUGGAAUGAUGCCUGAGGUUAUCAUGCAUACCCGAAGCCAGGAUGAGGAGCAAGUUCGUGGACACUAUGACCGUGGUGAUGAUUUCUACGGCUGGUUCUUGGGUCCACGCAUGAUCUACACCUCUGGCAUAAUCAGCAACAUCAACGAGGAAGAGACCCUCGAGCAGCUGCAGGACAACAAGCUCGCUGUCGUCUGUGAGAAGAUCGGCCUUAAAUCCGGAGACACCAUGCUUGACCUUGGCUGCGGCUGGGGCACUCUCGCUAAGUACGCUUCCAUGCACUACGGCGCCCAUGUCACUGGUAUUACUCUUGGCCGCAACCAGACUGCUUGGGGCAACAAUGGCCUUCGCAAGGCUGGUAUCGAAGAGUCUCAAUCCCGCAUUCUGUGCAUGGACUACCGUGACGCUCCCAGCGUGCCCGGCGGAUACAAGAAGAUCACCUGUCUUGAGAUGGCCGAGCAUGUCGGUGUCCGCCACUUCUCUACUUUCCUGCGCCAGGUGUACGACAUGCUUGACGACGACGGUGUUUUCUUCCUCCAGAUUGCUGGCCUACGUAAGUCAUGGCAAUACGAGGAUCUAAUUUGGGGUCUGUUCAUGAACAAGUACAUUUUCCCCGGUGCUGACGCAAGCACACCACUUGGCUUCGUCACCGAGCGCCUUGAGGGAGCUGGUUUCGAAAUCAAGGGCAUUGACACCGUUGGCGUGCACUACUCUGCCACCCUCUGGAGAUGGUACAGGAACUGGAUAGCCAACAGGGAGAAGGUCGAGGCCAAGUACGGCAAGCGAUGGUUCCGCAUCUGGGAAUACUUCCUUGCCUACUCUACCAUCACUUCCCGUCAAGGAGGUGCUACCUGCUGGCAAAUCACCAUGGUCAAGAACAUCAACUCCACUCACCGCAUUGAGGGUGUUCCGACCCAGUUCGGCCUUGCUGGCGCUCGCGAGGCCAGCAUCCAGAAUGUUGGUGGUGGAAAGCUGCUGACCGCCGCCGUCGAGAAGGAGUAAGCAAAGAAUGCUGCACUUACGGAGUACAUACAUUUCAAUAUCACGUUGAGCCGUCUUUUGACGUGGAUAAUGAGGUAUGGAUCAUGGAGGUGCAAACAAAAUAUAACUUACGCAAACGACGGAGGUGAGUAAAAAAAGCAAAAAAAAAGGUGCUAUGGGCAAGCCUGGGGACAGCAAAAUAGGGGGAGGUAGCUUCACGCGGGUUUCCUUGUUUGUCUUUGGUCUGGCCACUUAGAUAAAUAAACAACUAGUUACGUAUGUAGUCGACGGUUUAAUCAUAAUGAGACUCUGUUCCUUUCUGCCUUUCUAUGCUUGCGUAGCUGUAGUUGACUUGACACUAUAUCAGUUACUUGACAAAAAAAAAUACAAAAUGACAUAAAACCUGCCCAUCGGCGGCUUCGAACCGCUGUCUCCUCGCAUGCCCGUCAACGCUCAACCUCCCAAAACGUCGUCGCAAUGGCCAAAAAAAAACUGGUAGCUUCUCUUUGAUUGAGCGUGUCAUCCUUAGUGCAGGGGCCAUGCUAAUCUUCUCUGUAUCGUUACUAUGACCAAAUGCCCGAAGGCAUAGGAGAGGAAGACGACUUGCUAUUUAAGGUAGUGUUUUGUGACUAAUAGAGUAUUGUGAUUGGUUGGCUGUUUCUGCUUAGGUAACAUUUGCCUACGUCAGGCGGAAAAGGAUUAUCUUUGUUGCGGCGCCCUGUCGGAAUGGGAAUAAGGAUAAUCCGAUAUAUUUGAUGACUAAGCUGAAGAUAGCCGAAGCCGAGGUAAAGCGCCGAAAAGGGCAAGAACGACCUCAUUGCUUCAGUCUUUAAGUCGACGUCAUGACAUAUAUUUUAACAUUUUAACAACAUCAAACUACAGACAAUGAGAUGAAGAAACAGGCCGCAGUGGUUAGUGGUGAAGAUACCGACAUUGAUGCAGUGUUGAGACUGCAGAUACAGGCCGAUACGGCGGCGUUACGCUAGUUAAGCCCGAGGCCCUCUCCACUGCGGAGAGCGGGUUGUAAGUUAUAUCUCUGGAGAUCCCCAGCUUUUUGUCCUCCGUCCCU